AUGUUGGACAUCAAUGCCUUUCUUGCUGAAAAAGGCGGUAACCCUAAUGAGAUAAGGGAAUCGCAGAAGAAAAGAGGGGAUAAAGUUGAAAUAGUGGAUGAAGUUAUUGAAGACUAUAAGAACUGGACUAAAAUCAGAUUUGAGUUAGAUGCUGUUAAUAAGCAAGUAAAUGCUGUCCAGAAACAAAUUGGACAAAAAUUUAAAGCUAAAGAAGAUGCCAGUGAAUUAUUGGCUGAGAAAGAAAAGUUGGCGUCUAAGAAGAAGGAAUUAGUAGAGGCUGAACAAAAAGCUGACGUUGACUUGAGAUAUAAAGUUAACCAAGUUGGAAACAUUGUUCACAAAUCUGUCGUAGUUUCUCAGGAUGAGGAUAACAAUGAGCUUGUACGUACAUGGAUGCCUGAGGGUGUCAAAGAAGUUGAUUCUAUCGCAACUGCAACAGGAGAGCCAGCCAAGUUAUCUCACCAUGAAGUCUUAUUGAGAUUGGAUGGUUAUGAUCCAGAAAGAGGUGUCAGAAUUGUAGGGCAUCGUGGUUACUUCCUUAGGAACUACGGAGUUUUCUUGAAUCAGGCUUUGAUUAACUACGGUUUGAGCUUCUUAGCCUCGAAUGAUUAUACCCCUUUACAGGCUCCUGUUAUGAUGAACAAGGAUAUUAUGGCUAAAACAGCUCAAUUAUCUGAGUUUGACGAAGAAUUAUACAAGGUCAUUGACGGUGACGACGAAAAGUAUUUGAUAGCAACAUCAGAACAGCCAAUUUCAGCUUAUCACGCUGGAGAGUGGUUUGAGUCACCACAGGAACAAUUGCCGGUUAGAUAUGCUGGUUAUUCAUCAUGCUUCCGUAGGGAAGCUGGAUCUCAUGGAAAAGAUGCAUGGGGUAUUUUCAGAGUUCAUGCCUUUGAAAAGAUAGAACAAUUCGUUUUGACGGAGCCGGAUAAAUCAUGGGAAGAGUUUGACAGAAUGAUUGGAUUAUCCGAAAAAUUCUAUCAAUCUUUAGGUUUACCAUACAGAGUUGUUGGUAUUGUUUCAGGAGAAUUGAACAAUGCUGCAGCUAAGAAAUAUGACUUGGAAGCUUGGUUUCCUUAUCAGAAGGAAUAUAAAGAAUUGGUGUCCUGCUCAAACUGUACCGAUUACCAGUCUCGUAAUUUAGAAAUUAGAUGUGGAAUUAAACAACAAAACCAAACCGAAAAGAAGUAUGUUCACUGUUUAAACUCGACUUUGUCGGCCACACAAAGAGCGUUGUGUUGUAUUUUAGAAAACUAUCAAAAGGAAGAUGGUUUGGUAGUUCCUGAGGUUUUAAGGAAAUACAUUCCUGGUGAGCCCACGUUCAUCCCAUAUGCUAAAGAGUUGCCAAAGAAUUCAACAUCAAAUAAGAAAAAGAAGUAA